AUGUUCUCGCGACAGGCAAUACCUAGAUCUCGUUAUCUUAUUCGGCAAUUUACAUUCAAGUCGUCUUCACAAAAACCCUUCAAUAGGUUCCAAACGGCAAAAUCGCUAUCUCCCAAGCGUCCUCGCGGCAUUUAUCACGAGGCUCAAGUUUCAAAUGCUGUCUCAGCAAGAAUAUUAUAUAUGCUCGGGGUCGUUGUAACAGGAAUAACUUAUUGGCAU